UUUUCAGAAUCACCCACCUCUGCAUAAAUCUUCCUCACCACUCCUCGCCUCCAGAGAGAGAGAGAGAGAGAGAGAGAGAGAGAGAGAGAGAGCAGAAGCAACAAGAGCUUCGAACACCAAGUUCCAUUUCUACCUAAAGCUCUUGAGCUACAGAAAUGGGUGAAGAGAAGAAGGAGGAAGAAAAGAAAGAGGAAGUGAAGGAAGAGGAGCAGAAGAAGAAGGAAGAAGAGAAGAAAGAGGAAGAGCCUCCUGAGAUUGUCCUUAAGGUUGAUAUGCAUUGUGAAGCUUGUGCAAGAAAAGUUGCUAGAGCCUUGAAAGGAUUUCAAGGAGUGGAAGAGGUAACCACAGAUAUAAAAGCUAGUAAGGUGGUGGUGAAAGGCAAAGCAGCAGACCCUCUAAAGGUAAGUGAGAGACUUCAAAAGAAAAGUGGAAGGAAAGUGGAGUUGAUUUCACCUUUGCCAAAGCCACCAGAAGAAAACAAGCAAGAAAAUCCAGAACCGCCGAAGGAAGAGAAAAAAGACGAGCCUCCUGCUGUAAUAACGGUUGUAUUGAGCGUUCGAAUGCAUUGCGAAGCAUGUGCUCAAGUUUUACAAAAGCGAGUUCGAAAGAUCCAAGGUGUAGAAUCAGUCGAAACGGAUUUGGUUAAUAGUCAAGUAAUAGUUAAAGGCGUGGUUGAUCCGGUGAAGUUGGUUGAUGAUGUGUACAAGAAGACCAAAAAGCAAGCAUCAAUAGUGAAAGAUGAAGAGAAGAAGGAAGAAGAAAAGAAAGAAGAGGAGAAGAAAGAAGAAGGAGAAAAGAAAGAUGGCGAAGAAGAAAAGGAAGAAGAUGAUAAGAAGAGCGAUAUAAAAAGAAAUGAAUAUUGGCCAUCAAAGUCUUACUUAGAAUAUGUUUAUGAUCCUGAAAUUUUCAGUGAUGAGAACCCUAAUGCUUGCUUUGUUAUGUAACUAAAUUAUAAUUGCACAAUUGAUGAACUUUAGUUUUUAUAUAUUUGUAUGCAAAUUUCUAUGUGGUAAUAUGCCAAUAAGUCAUUGGCAAGACAAGCUAAAUCCUUAAGUGAAUUUUGCUCUUCGUAGACCUUCUUUC